AGUGGCCGGCGGCCGGGGGGGGCGGGGCUGGCGCCGUUGCCCCGGCAACGCGCGGCCUAGCGCGGUGCGCGGAGCCUGCGGCGGCCCCCAUGGCGUCGCUGGGGGUGCUGGUGCCGGCCCGGUUCCUCGCCCUCACGGCCCAUCUCGUCACCGUCCUCACCAUCCUCUGGGCCCGGGACCCCCAUGUGCUGGCCUCGCUACCGCUGGAGUUCUCGCCGGAGGAGUACGCCCGCGUGGACACUGAGCUGCUGGUGGCCCUGGGGGUGACGCUGGGGCUCCUGGCGCUGGAGCUGGGCGGGUUCCUCUCCGGCCUCUCCAUGUUCCACCGGCCCCAGGCGCUGCUCUCGGCGAUGGCCCACGGCGGCACCACCCUGGCUCUGCUCCUCUUCCUCGCCGAGCGCUGGGACUGCGGCGCUUACUGGGGGCUCCUGGGUGCCGGCAGCGCCCUGCCGGCUGCCACCGAGCUGCUGCUGAUGGGCGUCGUGUUGGGGUGCAAGAGGAAAGUGGGGUGACGCGGCGAGAAGGGAGCCUGAAAGCGGUGUGACACCCUGAAAAGGGACCCCGAAAGCGGUGUGACACCUCGAAAAGGACCCCGAAAGCGGUGUGACACCUCGAAAAGGAGCCCGAAAGCGGUGUGACACCCCAAAAGGGAGCCCGAAAGCGAUGUGACACCUCGAAAAGGAGCCCGAAAGCGGUGUGACACCAGGAAGGGACCCCAAAACAGGUGUGACACCCCGAAAAGGACCCUGAAACCAGUGUGACACCCCCCCCAAAAGGAUCUGGACCCUGAAAGCGGUGUGACACCCAAAAAAGGACCCCAACAGGACCCCGAAAACGUCAUGACACCUGGAAGGGACCCCAAAAGUGGUGUGACACCACGAAAAGGACCCCAAAAGCGAUAUGACACCGGGAAGGGAGCCUGAAACUGGUGUGACACCCCAAAAAGGACCCCGAGGGGACCCCGAAAGCGGUGUGACACCCGGAAGAGACCCUGAAAGCGGUGUGACACCCUGAAAAGGACCCCAAAACUGGUGUGACACCCCCCCAAAAGGACCUGGACCCUGAAAGCAGUGUGACACUUCAAAAAGGGACCCCAAAACCGGUGUGAUGCCCCAAAAAGGACCCCAAAAGCGGUGUGACACCCCAAGGGGACCCCAAAACUGGUGUGACACCCCGCCAAAAGGAUCUGGACCCUGAAAGCGAUGUGACACCCGAAAAAGGACCCUGAGGGGACCCCAAAAAUGUUGUGACACCUGGAAGGGACCCUGAAAGUGGUAUGACACUGCAAAAAGGGACCCCGAAAGCAGUGUGACACCUUGAAAAGGGACCCUGAAAGCGGUGUGACACCCUGAAAAGGAUCCUGAAAGCGCUGUGACGCCCCAAAAAGGACCCCGAGGGGACCGCGAAAGCGGUGUGACACCCCCUAGAAUGAUCUGGAGCCUGAAGUGGUGUGACACCCCGAAAAGGACCCCGAAAGCAGUGUGACACCCCGAAAAGGAACCUAAAACUGGUGUGACACCCCGAAAAGGACCCCGAAAGUGGUGUGACACCCCGAAAAGGACCCUAAAACCGGUGUGACACCCUGAAAAGGAUCCUGAAAGCGGUGUGACGCCCCAAAAGGGACCCAGAGGGGACCCUGAAACCGGUGUGACACCCUCUCCAAAAGGAUCUGGACCCCGAAAGCAGUGUGACACCCUGGAAAGGACCCCGGAAACUGGUGUGACAGCCCAAAAAGGACUCCGACGGGACCCCAAAACUGGUGUGACACCCCAAGAAGUAUCCAGACAGGUGGGGAGACCCCAAAACCGCUGUGACACCCCCCCAAGGGACCCUAAAACCUCCGUGUCCCCCCCAACAAGGACCAGGACAGGCAGGGGGGGCCCCAAAACCUCUGUCACCCCCUAAAAAAGCAUUUCUUACACCCCAAAUAAACGGUUUUGUAGGCA